AUCCUGCCAAAGGACGAUUAAAGAGGUUUUCUUCUACAUAUAGGUAUACACAGAUUCUACACGUCAUUAGGAAAACAAAAGAAUACAAGGAAAGCGAAACAGCGGUCAUUGAAAGGGACGCCCGAAUUCCGUCCAUUAUUCACUCUCACUAGCAGAAGCAUUGCUCCCUACUCGCCGGAGUGCUUUUUCCUUUGCAGAGCAACAACUUCACUCAUGGUUGGGAUGGAAGGCAAGAAGUGGAAAAAGAAAGGGAAAAUUUUCAGUCAAUCAAAUACAAAGAAACUUAUGAUGAAGAAAAAAAAGGUCGCUGCAAAGGUUAAGCCAAGUGUUGUGAUAAAUCAAUCUUUUCUUCCUAUUAAUUACCCGGCAGGAGUCUCUGCUCCUUCUGCUUCUCCAGUUCCUGCUUCUAGUCUUGGUAGAGUUGCCUCACAAGAGAAAGACGAGGAAGCUUUCGAGGAGCUUUCUGGUUUUAUAUUUUUGUGCAGUGGAGAUACAAAACUCGAUUGUUUCAGAUUUCGAGUUUUUGGGCUUCGUUCAAAUAAAAAGGAAAUUGUAGAAAAGAUUAAACCUGGAACAAAGCUCUUCCUGUUUGAUGUUGAGUUGAAGCUCUUAUAUGGUGUGUAUGAGGCAACAUCUACUGGAAGAACACACUUGGAACCAAGUGCUUUUGGAGGCAAAUUUCCAGCACAGGUGAAAUUCAAACUCUUUAAGGAAUGCCUUCCGCUGCAAGAAUCUUCUUUCAGACACGCUAUAAAGGACAAUUAUCAUGGCAGAAAGUUCAAACCCGAACUAAAUGGUCGUCAAGUGAGGAGUCUAUUAUCCUUAUUUCGUCCCCUGGCUGCAUCUGCAACCGCAGCAGCUGUGCCCCAUCCACUGGCUGGCGUGCCAAAGAUUUUGCCCGUCUUGGCUAUGGAAGAUCAGGCUAAGUUGUUGCCGUAUCCUCAUGAAAUGGGUCCAUCAAUGGGCAAUGUUGGCCCACCAAAUACUAAUACUGCUUUUGCUAAGGAACAGCAGGAUGAAUCUGAGCGACCUCCUUUGUCUACUGCUUAUAUAGAUGAGCAAAAUACUGGUAAUGAUGUAGAAACCGAUCCAUCUGAGGACACCCAGGAUGAGUCUGUCCUUUCUGGCUUCAUAUUUUUGUGCGGUGCAAAUACAAAACCUGAUUGUUAUAGAUUCCGUGUUUUUGGGCUUCGAUCAAACAAAAAGGAAACGGUAGAAAAGAUUAAGCCAGGAACAAAGCUCUUCCUCUUUGAUUUCGAGUUGAAGCUUCUAUAUGGUGUGUAUGAGGCAACAUCCACUGGAAAAAUAAACUUGGAACCACUUGCUUUUGGAGGCAAAUUUCCAGCACAGGUGAAAUUUCGAAUUUUUAAGGAAUGUCUUCCCCUGCCAGAAGCUUCUUUCAGAUAUGCUAUCAAGGACAAUUAUCAUGGCAGAAAGUUUGAACCUGAACUAAAUGGUCGUCAAGUGAGGACUCUAUUGUCCUUAUUUCGUCCACUGACUGCAUCAGCAGCAGCAGCAGCAGCUGUGCCCCAUCCGUUGGCAAAAGUGGACCAGUCUUUGGCUAAUGUUGGCAUGCCAAAGAUUAUGCCCACAUUGGCUAUGGAAGAUCAGGUUAAGGUGCUGUCAUAUCCCCAGGAAAAAGUGGGUUCAUCAAUGGCCAACGUCCUACCUCCAAAUAGAAUUUCUACUUGGAAUAUGGAACAUCAGGUUAGGUACCCCCCGAUGUCUGUUUCUGCAGAUGAUCCAUAUACGACCAAAAUGCAGCACAGUCAUCCUCCACCUGUUAUGGAGUCUCAACCAGUCUAUGAACUGCAAAGUGCUCAGCAUGGAUGGCUUAGAACCAGGGAUUUCGUGGAUAAUCAUCAGAAAUUGACUGCUCCCAGUCAUGCAUAUUCUUAUCAACCAUAUGUCACCGAUAUACGGGACCCACAUAUCAGGUAUACAUCAAUGCAAGACGUGGUCCUUUCGCAGCAACAAUUCAUGGGGCUAAAUGACAGGAAUUACCAAUGGUACUCGCGGGUAGAGCAAGAAAUGCUGCCACCUCAAGAGAGUACUGUUAUACACAACUACUACUCUGGCCCUUCAGCUCCUUAUGUUCCUCAAGUUUUUCAACAGAAUGUUUCAGAAGCUGUAAUCCAACAGACUUCUUCCAUCUCAUUCCAAUAUUCAUUUGCAAGGCAAUUCGGGUAAACUUUUGAUGAUUGGGUUGUUAACAUAAUGGUCAGAAUGUAAAAGACUUCUUCAAUAGGCCUAACUUUCUUGCCGAAGAUAUCUGUAGUGCCAUGGAGGCAAAUGUAAAUUUGUUUUAGGAAGCAAGCUGUGUCUAAAUGCUAAUAUGAUCAAAUUGUGGUUAGUGGUAAACUUAGGAUCUGCUUUCGUGAUCUUCUGGUGUCGUAUGAGUUUGGUUUUGUUAAACGUCUAAUUCACAUCCUAUGUGGGAAUCUGUUUCUGCU